UUUUAGUCUAAUCUAAGGUAAAUAUUUCUGUGGUGGUUUGGUGUCAUUUCGGUUUCUGUUUAUUCGUUCAAACACUUCCGCCUGCACAGACCACGCCCUCCUGCACUUUGAUUGGCGUAAGUGUUUCUAUCUCUGUCGUUGAUUGGCUUGUUGCGCUGUCACUCAAAUUGUAGACUUUCGGACCACGCAUCCCGCGCGGGGUUUUGUGCUUCUGUUGCUAAAAAGCGAAGGGACAUCCCUUACUCAUUACAGACGACACUAUUAUCAAAAAGUAAGGUCUGGGGUUUAUUUAAGGACCCGAAGAAAAGUUAUAAACACUUUGGAGAAAGAAUUGUUUAGGUUACAGGGUGAAAGUAAAGAAUGGCUGAUUGGUCAGACUACCGUAACGAUGAUGACGACGAAGUUGAGCAAGAAGAAGGAGAAGAGCCUGCAGGAGAAUACAGGAGCAGUGGGCGUGACAGCCUGGUGUUCUUAGUGGAUGCGUCUAAAGAAAUGUUUGUUAAGGGUGAAGAUGGAGAACCCUCUAACUUUGACAUGACCAUGCAGUGUGUGCGCAGUGUGUACACCAGUAAAAUCAUAAGCAGUGACCGAGACCUGGUUGCAUUGGUGUUUUAUGGUACUGACAAGAGCAAGAACCCCAGAAACUCUUUCAAACAUGUCUACGUUUACCAUGAUCUGGAUUCUCCUGGUGCUCGGCGUGUGCAGGAAAUCGAUAACCUGAGAGGUGAUAAAGGGUCUGAGCUGGCUGCAGAGACCAUGGGCAGUGGAGAGACAUCACUCGGAGAUGCUCUGUGGUGCUGUUCAAACUUAUAUAGUGACGUCAAGCUACGGCUGUCUCACAAACGUCUCAUGAUUUUCACCUGCAGAGAUAACCCUCACGGAGGAGACAGAACUCGAGACAAACAGGCUUGUACGAAGGCUGAUGAUCUUAAAGAGACAGGAGUGGUUAUAGACUUAAUGCACCUUACCAAGCCGGGAGGGUUUGAUGUUUCCCUGUUCUUCUGUGACAUUGUAAGCCCCCCUGAGGAUGAGAGUGAGCUUGGGCUGCAGCGCGAACCUUGUAGGAAACUUGAGGAACUACAGAAGAGGGUCAGGGCUCGAGAGAUGCCAAAGAGAGCUCAGAGUAGAAUGACUUUUUCUCUGGGAGAUGAUAUGAAUGUGGCAGUGGGGGUGUACAUGUUGGCCAGAACAGCCAGAAAACCUUCUGCUGUCAAGUUGUACAGAGAUUCCAAUGAGCCAGUUCUCACCAAGACUCGUCUCUUCCACACCCAAAAUGGAAGCCUGCUUCUGCCCAGUCAUACCAAGAGAGCCCAGUUUUAUGGAAACAAGCAGAUUGUGAUGGAGAAGGACGAAGUGGAUGAGAUCAAAAAGUUUGAUAAUCCAGGUCUGGUACUGAUAGGGUUUAAGCCAAUGGAUCGUUUGAAAUUACACCAUCAUUUACGACCUGCUUUGUUCAUAUAUCCUGAGGAGGACCAAGUCACAGGGAGUUCCUGUGUUUUCACAGCUCUGCUGCAAAGAUGUAGUGAAAAAAAUGUGUUUGCAUUGUGCAAAUUCACUUCACGCCGUAACACUCCACCUCGCUUUGUGGCCUUGGUACCCCAGAGAGAAGUGCUGGACAGCAGUCAGGUUCAAGCUGCACCUCCAGGUUUUCAUGCUAUUUUCCUACCCUACGCGGAUGAUAUACGCACCCUGGAUGUGCACGAGUGUCCUACAGCUUCUGAUGAACAAGUUAACAAAAUGAAAGAGAUUGUGCACAAACUCCGCUUCAAAUAUAGGAGUGAUGCAUUCGAAAAUCCAGUUCUGCAGCAGCAUUACAGGAAUCUGGAGGCCCUAGCUCUGGAUAUGAUGGCACCUGAAGCUAUUGAGGACUUCACAAUGCCCAAGGUGAAAAUGAUAGAUGAACGACUUGGUCCUCUACUUCAGGAAUUCAAAGAUUUGGUCUAUCCAGCAGACUACAACCCUGAAGGCAAGCCAUCAGCCAAACGCAAACCAGCUGAAGCUGGGGGAGGUGUUGACAAGAAGCCAAAAGCUGAGAUGUCAGAAGAUGAGUUGCAAGCCCAUUUGGCUAAAGGAACUCUGGGCAAGCUGACAGUACCUGUGCUGAAAGAUGCCUGCAAACAAUUUGGAGUACGAACCACAGGCACCAAGAAACAGGAACUCAUAGAUGCUCUGACUGCACAGCUUUCUAAAUAAAUUGAGACAUUAGACAGUUGAACAUUCUGAAUGAGUUUACAAGAUACAGUGCCUGAUGCUGGCAAUUGAUAUGUAAUAGUUUUGCUGUUGCUGUUUAGUAGUGAAGGAACUGUUGCCAUAAUAUAAGUGCUGCUACAGCAUUUUAAUCUUCACUUUCUGUUGUUACACAUUGUUUUAGGGCUUUGUAAAUCAGAAAAAACUCUAAUAAGCACUCUAAUUAAACUUUUUUUGCACUGUUUGUUUUCCAGGAAGAAUGAGUGUCUCUGUUGUAAAUACUUUGUACAAGUGCAGCACAAUUUGAACACAAAAAAAUAACUGCAAAAUACAACAUUCAAAACAAACCUAAGAUAUGUAAAGGGCUGUUUUAUAAUGCUUUAUGUUUAUUAGGAGAAGGCAUUACUGUUGGAGGCAAUUCUCUUUGUAAUAACUGUUCAGUAAUUUUUGUCACAGUGGUGCCGUGGCGCCUCCUCACAGUUGCAGAGUCCCUGGUUCGAUCCUGAGCUCGCAUUACUGUCUGUUGCAGAGUUUCACGUUUUCACUGUGUUCGUGUGGGUUUCCUUCAGAUUCAUUGGUUUCUUUUCAAUGUCCAAAAACAUGGAGGUAGGAGGAUUGGCUAUGCUAAAUUGCCCCUGGGUGUGAAUGAGUGUGGAAUGUUGCCCUGUGAUGGAGUGGCAUCCCAUCUGGGGUGAAUUGUUCUGCCUUGUACCCAGUGUUGCCAGGAUUGGCUCUGGAUUUGCCAUGACACAGACCAGGAUAAGUGAUUACUGAAGAUGAAUGAAUUUUUGUCUCAUUACCUAUAGUGUCCAACAUGCCAGCCUCUUAAUGCCAAUUUUUAUAAUUGAAAACCAGGAAGCCCUGCUUCCUAAUUUAUAAUUAAAAAAGAGGCUGUAAAAGUAGAAUUUGCCAUUGAGGAUGAUGCUAAUGAAGGUUUCUAAUUGGUUAUGACAAGAUAUUUAGAUAAUGAUUAGAGGAGGCAGCAGUAUUGUGCUUCUGACAACAUUAAGAAACAUUAAAUGCAGUUCCACUUGUGUUGAAAUUACAGUAUGAUUCAAUAUGAUGUUUCAGGCAAGGAACAAGUGAAGGAUUACUAAUAUAUUUAGGAAACGAAACUAGUAUAUUACAAAACUUGUAUAUUAUGAAACGAUUCCAAUAACAUGGCUGCUUGACAUCAGAUUUGUAUACGGACUUCUAUAAUUCAAUGACCAGAUUAAAGCAAUGUACUCACAGAACAUACUUUUUUGGUAGAAAUUAUACAUUUUCAGUAAAAAAAAAAAUUGUACAGGUUAUACAUAUAAUUUUGUUGUGUAAUCGUGAAAGUGGAAAAUUCAAUUGACAUUUCACCCUCUUAACACCUAUUAAUGUCCAAAUAUGAGUCUAAAAAUUUUUAACUUAGAUAAAUAUAGAAUGGUGUAUUCACAGUAAUGUUUUAUGGAUUACAGUAUUUAAUGAAACCUAAAUAAAACCUAUUUACAAUAAAAAGCAUGUAGUGUAAAAAAAAAUGCAGCUCUUUAAUAUAUGAAAAAUAGUAGGCCAUACAUAAUAUAAAUCUGGUAAAACCACAAAGCAGUUUUUAGUGGCUGGUUAUUAUUCCUGAAAG